GAACAAAGCAGUAAACUCCGGUGUCCGCAUAGCACUCCGUGCGCGAUCCCAUCUCCUCCAAUCGCAGAGGACCAACACUUGAAUGACUCCAUUGCUGCACACAUCUGCCCUUUGUUCUUCUCCUCCUCCUCUCUCAACGCUGACCGCUGACCCAAUCGCUUACUCCUUUCUUGCGUCUUUUCUUGGCAGAGUAGAGCGGCUUCUUCUCCGCUGGACCGGCAGCAACUGCUUAGGAGACAGCGGGAAGAUGGCCACGGCGGAGCCGAUCAUGAACGCCUCGCUCGUCCCGGACUCCGAGCUCAUUUCUCGGGCCGUCCAGGCCGCCUAUGGGACCAUCCGCGCCGCCCGUGACGUCCUCGUCGAGCGCUACAGCUUUGCCGAGCUGGCCGCCUACCUGGAUCGCGUCGUCCCCAUCCUCGACCAGCUGAAGGCCACGACGCCCGCCGCGAACCGUGACGGCAGUUCCCCCCUCGCCGACGCCGCUGGGAUCCUCGCCCGCGAGGUCGAGGCCGCCCGGGCUCUCGCCCUCGAUUGCGGCAAGCGCAACCGCAUCUAUCUCCUCCUCAACUGCCGCCGCAUCGUCACCCGCCUUGAGUCCGCCACCAGGGAGAUCGGCCGCGCCAUUAGCCUCCUCCCCCUCGCUUCCCUCGAUCUCUCCUCCGCGAUCCACGACGAGGCCAAGCUUCUCAGCGAUUCCAUGGUCCGGGCCGAGUUUCGGGCCGCCGCCGCCGAGGAGGAAACCCUGCGAAAGUUGGAGUCGGCCAUCCAGGAGCACAACUCCGACCGGUCCUACGCGAACAGCCUGCUGGCCCUCAUCGCGGACGCCGUGGGGAUCUCCAAGGACCGUACCGUUCUCAAGAAGGAGUUCGCGGAGUUCAAGGAGGAGGUAGCGGAGGCCAAGCUGCGGAAGGACCUCGCGGAGGCGAUUCAGAUGGAUCAGAUCAUUGCCCUGCUCUCUAGGGCGGACGCCACCUCGUCAUUCAAGGAGAAGGAGGUGAAGUAUUACAGCAAGAGGAACUCGUUGGGGAGCCAGCCAUUGGAGCCCCUCCAGUCCUUCUACUGCCCCAUCACCCGUGACGUGAUGGAGGAUCCCGUGGAGACUUCUUCUGGGCAGACCUUCGAGAGGAGCGCGAUUGAGAGGUGGUUCGCGGACGGCAACACCACUUGUCCGCUCACCAUGACACCUCUCAACACCGGCUUCCUUCGGCAUAACAUCACUCUUAGGAAGUCCAUCGAGGAGUGGAAGGAGAGGAACAACAUCAUAAUUAUCUCUUCGAUGAAGUCCAAGCUCAGUUUGGACGACGAGGUGGUGCUCAGGAGCUUGGCCCAGCUGCAGGAGCUCUGUGAGGAGAAAUUUUCGAAUAGGGAGUGUGUGGUGAUGGAGGAUUACUUUCCAAUUCUUGUCGGAUUGCUUGGAAGGAAUAACUCACAGAUAAGGAAUCACACACUCUAUAUUCUUCGAUUAUUGGCGGAAGAUAGCGAUGAUAACAGGGAAAAAAUAGCUGAAGUGGACAAUGCCAUUCAAUCCAUUGUGAAAUCUCUUGCACGGCGCACCGAUGAACGUAAAGCAGCAGUAGCGUUGCUGUUGGAGCUAUCAAAAAAUAAUGCAAUUUGCGGCCAUAUUGGAAAGGUACAAGGCUGCAUUCUUCUACUAGUGACAAUUAUAAACAGUGAUAACAACCAAGCUGCUAAUGAUGCUAGAGAGCUUUUGGAGAAUCUUUCUUUUCUAGAUGACAGCGUAGUGCUGAUGGCAAAGGCUAACUAUUUUCAGCCACUGCUCCGGUGUCUUAACUCAGGUCCAGAGUAUUUGAAAAUGAAAAUGGUAAAAGCAUUAGCUGAAAUGGAAUUAACUGAUCAUAGCAAGGAGACCUUGUUUAAAGAGGGAGCAUUGCAGCCACUUCUUCAGAUGCUCUCAUUAAGUGAUGCAGAUGGAAAAAGAAUGGCCAUUAAGGCUAUUCAGAAACUCUCCAGCUUUGCUCCUAAUGGUUUACAGAUCAUCAGGGACGGAGCAAUUUCACCACUUCUUGACCUACUAUUCCAGGCAAUACCAGCAUCUUCCAAUCUAAGAGACCAAGUUGCAGCUACUAUUUUGAAUAUCACUGUAUCAGCCGCUGCCUUGCAAACCAAUGAAGCCCUGAGUAUUCUGAAAUCAGAUGCUGAAAUUUCUCGGCUCUUUUCCUUGGUGAUGCUGACUGGGCCAACUAUACAACAAAGCAUUCUAGGAACAUUUUAUGCGCUGUGUCAGCUUCCAUCAGCGAAGGACAUGAGAACUAAGUUGAGGCAGUUUUCUGCAGUCCAAUUAUUAAUUUCACAAUGUGAGCACAGAGAUCUUUCUGUAAGAGCAAGUGCUGUUAAACUGCUAUCUUGCCUCAUGGAAGAUGGAGAUGAUACUGUGUCAGCUGAAAGUGUUACUCAAAGGUGUCUGGAGACUUUGCUUUCCAUUAUCAAAACCUCUAAGGAUGAGGAAGAGGUAGCUGCUGCAUUGAGAAUCAUUUCUGAUCUUCCUAUAGGGUACACCCAUGUAACUCGAUGGAUUGCAGAUGCUGGAGCAAUAACAGUAUUUGUCAGUUAUAUUAGAGAUGCAAAGCUUAGUGGGCCCUUCAGGAAUAAGUUAAUAGAGAAUGCUCUUCGAGUUUUGUGCCGUUUCACAAUGUCAACAAAUCCAGAAUGCCAGAAAAUAGCCGCUGAGUCUGGAUUGAUCCCCUUGCUUGUCCAGUUGUUGGGAUCUGGCACUCCAGCUGCAAAACGAUAUGCAGCUACUUUGCUAUGUCAGUUUUCAGAGAGUUCACUCAGCCUGAGCAGGCUGGUAGAGCGACAUGGAGGUUUCUGGUGCUUUGCACCCCCACCUGAAAUACGAUGCCCAGUGCACAAUGGUGUUUGUUCAGCGGAGACAUCAUAUUGUCUUUUGGAAGCAGAUGCCAUAGGACCACUUCUGAGUUUGCUUGGAGACUCAGAUUCCAGCAUUUGUGAUGCCGCCCUAAGUGCACUCUCAACACUCAUAGAGGGCGAAAGGCUGCAAAGUGGCAGCAAGGUACUUCAUGAGUCAAAUGGCAUUGCACCCAUUGUAAAAGUUCUGAGCUCUCGGUCAACUGAGUUGCAAGAGAAGGCACUUAACGUUUUAGAGAGGAUUUUUCGACUGCAAGAGUAUAAGCGGAUCUAUGGUGCUUUAGCACAGAUGCCUUUGGUUGACAUAACUCAAAGAAGCAACGGUCCUGUUCGAGCUUUGGCAGCUAGAAUACUUGCUCAUUUGGAUGUGCUUCAUGAUCAAUCUUCCUAUUUCUAAGAGGCAGUCAUUUAGAUGCCAGGAUAAAGCUCAGUUCCAACUGAGUGGUAUAUCCACAAGUUCAGUUCAACAUUCCAUGCUUCAUUCGGGUCACAUGAUAACUUGGAAAGGGAUGAAUGUGGUUUGUAAUUUGUAUCACGUUAAAGCCAUCUGGAGGACUUGGUGAGACAAUUCUCAUUGAGCACACCGAAACAAGAAAGCUAGCCAGUGCGUGCUGCUAUCACACACAUCAAUGCUGUUUUUAUGUGGAAAAGAAAGAAAACCAAGUUCACCCUGACAAAACUUUCAGCAUGAUAGCUCACAUUUGUCGCACAAUCUAACCGCUUAGAGCUUUUGACAUGGUUGAAGAAAGAUAUUGGGUAGCACAGUGUUUCUCAACUUGGCGACUGUUAAAGAUAUCGGUUAUUUCUUUAGGAAGGAACCAGAAGUUUUAUGUACAAUGUUGCACAUGCAUCCACAUUUCAGGUAUCUUCAACUUCUAGCCCAUUCUUUGAAGAGUCAACGUAAAUUUGCUUCUUCAUGAAUGAAUAAAAUGUGUCUUUUGUUUCUUCUUCAACAUUCUAUUUUGAGAUUAUUGAUAAAUUUAUGCCCAUAUGAAGCUAAUGAUGCCUAUCUCAACAUGCUGAUUGCUGAUAUUAGGUGUGAAAAUUUUCAUACCUUGUUCUAUCAUCUAAUAUUUGUUUUCAUGUUAGAACGACUCUAUCUUUGACAUUGUCUUGUGACUAUGGAUGCUGCUUUGUUGACAUGUUUACACAUGAGUAGGAUUCAGUUCCAUAUCUUAUCUGAGAAUUGCUUGCGCAUAAAAUAGUGAGGGCAAUGAGGAAAGGGCUCCGAUAUUAGUGUUGUAGAAGCUACACUGUGGUCUCAGAAAAAUAAAGAGAAUCACAAAUACAUGUACGGUAGUUCAUAAAAAGAAUCACAAAUAACUGGAGGGAUAAUUAAAUACUUACAAUGUGAGAAACAUAACACCACAUAGUAAGAAAGAAAAGAUCUUUAAGAGCAGCUAAGAUAAAAGGAAUCAUUGCACUAUAAGCUGUUCUAUCUAUUUGACAGCUGAAGAGGAACAAUGAUUCAGUAUCACAGAUGGUAUAACUAUGAUGAUCACACGCUUCCUCCACACAUUACAUCAUAUUAUAUAACAGACGACAAUUGAACAUACUGUGUCAGCAUAUACAUAGAACUAGGCGUGCUUUUUUACUUCUAAAAACUCUCGAGGAAUACUUUAGAUCCGAUGAAUCAUAAGACGAAAGCGACUUACUUAUAUGCCCGCUUGGUACGAGGGUAAUAGUCCCUCAUGACCAGUAGAUGAGGAUUUCCAAGCUUCGCUAACCCUCCUUGCACUUGUUUAUAAGCGGAAAAAGGGACUUCGCCUUCCUCUUUGCUCGAUUAGUUCCACUUUUCUCUACCUCACAGACAUGCUCAUACACCCCCAACCGUAGCGCAGCUGAGACCAAAGAAGAAUUAUGAGUACCCAAUUCAAGAAGUACGGAGAGUGCACAUUCCUUGUUCUUGGGGGUGCCUUCUUUUAUCAGCUGCACGACGGUUUCAAUGAAAGGAAGCUGCCCUAUGGCAGUGUGGCCAUCAGGAUGUGAUGCCAGAAGAAGGAAGAUCGAGAGGGCUUCAUCCACCAUGCCAAGGUUCUUGUCACACAGUACAUUAAGCAGAGGAGCCACUAUUCCUGCAUCAAUAGCUCUAGCCUUGUUCCCAUAGUUCAGAACCAGAUUAAAGAGUGCAGUGGCAGCAUCCUUCUUCCCCCUAAUGGUCCCAUCCCGCAGAAGAUCCACCAAUGGAGGAAUGCCAUUCAUGUUCCCUAUCAGCACCUUGUUCUCUUCAAGCAUUGACAAACUGAACAAGGCUGUGGCCGAGUUCUCUUUAGCCUCAACCGUGCCGCUCUUCAAGAUUUCAAUUAUAGCAGGAAUUGCUCCUUCUUUGGCUAUGAUUCUUUUGUUCCUCUCAUCGAUCGACAAGUUCAACAGAGCUGUGACAGUGUGUUCUUGGAUCUUCGAAUCGGGAUAAGGUAUCAGGCCGACCAGAGCAGGUAUUCCACCAUGCUUCGCGAUCAAAAUCCUGUUAUCGGGAUUCUCCUUGGAGAGCAUGCGGAUCUUCUUCACUGCCUUCCGCUGCACAUCAAGAUGAAUGGAGGACAAAUCUCUCACCAAUGAAGGGAUCUCUUCCUUUUGCUCUAAAUGAUGAGAGUCCUGGUCUGCAUCUCUUUUCAACAGCUCAACUUGGUUCUUCUCACACCACUGCAUGAUCAAGUUACGAAGAGCAUAGUUUGGAGCUAAAGAGAGGUGAGCCAAAGUUUGUCUAGUCUUUGGGCAAUUUCGAUGACCUGCAUCCAGCCACUUCUGUAUGCUUCUUCGUUCAUAUGUCUAUGAGAACGGAGGAAAGAGCAGUUAGCAAAGAUUACCUUAUCACAAGACUUAAAAACAACAUAAUUGGAGCAACUUGAAGCACCUGUCCUGUUGCAACAAUGACAGGAUCCGACAUGAUCUCCAGAGAUACAGGACAGAGGAAGUCAUUUGGAAUCAUCAACGAUGGACACUUCUCGAGGUAUUUAGGCAAGGUGACGUCGCUUAACCCUUUAGAAUCUUCGACUCCUGCAACUCGUUUAAAUUUAUUGAGCAGAUCCAUGAUCUGCUGUGUACUGUCUGCAUUUGCCCCACAUCUUUCUUUGAUGAGCUUUUUGAUGGCCA